AUGACUGGUGUGCGUCGACCGGGAGGCCGAGGCAGCAGCAGCAGCAGCAGCAGCAAGCCCUUGGAGGCGGAGACCAGGAGGCGGAGGCAGCAGCAGCAGCAGCAGCGAGCCCUGGGAGGUGGAGACCAGGUGACUGCGGCAGCAGCAGCAGAUGCACCGACUUCUGGUGUGCGGCGACUGGGAGUCCGAGGAAGCAGCAGCAGCAGCAGCGAGCCCUGGGGGUCAGAGCCCAGGUGGCUGAGGCAGCAGCAGCAGAUGCACCGACGACUAAGAUGCGGCGACCGGGAGAUCGAGGAGGCAGCAGCAGCAGCAGCGGGCCGUGGGAGGCAGAGACCAGGUGGCUCAGCCAGCAGCAGAAGUACCGACGAAUGGGAUGCAGUGACUGGGAGGCUGAGGCAGCAGCAGCAGCAGCAGCGAGUCCUGGGUGGUGAAGACCAGGUGGCUGAGGCAAUAGCAGCAGAGGCAGUUACUUCUGGGAUGCGGCGACCGGAAGGCGAGGUAGCAGCAGCAGCAGCAGCAGCAGCAGUGGUGAUCCCUGGGUUUCGGAGACCAGGUGGUCGAGGCAGCAGCAGCAGAAGCACCGACGACUGGGAUACAGUGACCGGGAGGCUGAGGCAGCAGCAGCAGCAGCUUCGAGGCCUGGGGGCAGAGACCAGGUGGCUGAGGCAGCAGUAG